AUGUCCCUCGAUAAACAACCCGAUCAAACUUCUUUGUCUUUUAAAGACUUGGAUACCGAGGCGAACGCUGUGCAGUUAAAGAAUGCAGAAUCAAUGGAGCUAUCAACUCUAUCAUCUCUGAACUUUGGUGGUCUGAAUAUUCUUGAGCAAUCAUUAAACCAUGCAAAAGAUAGCCUGAGUAAAGGUCCUGAGCUAAAGCGUCGAAAUGGAUCAAUGAAGGACGAAACGGAGAAAGAGAUCCCGAUAAUAUCGUUGAACGAGGUGUCCUGGCACGAUACUGUUGAUGAUUGCUGGUUAGUCAUUUGCGAUUACGUCUAUAAUUGCACCGACUUCAUCCAUAAACAUCCAGGUAGUCAAGAUGUGAUGCUAGAGUACGCGGGCAGAGAUGCUACUUUGGCCUUCGUCGGAACUGGGCAUUCCGAAUAUGGCAAACGACUUCUUCAGAAGCUUCUUAUUGGCGAACUACCACUUUCUGAAAGGAUUUUCCGGACAAAAAAUGGCAUAAAAAUUGUAGAUUGCAUUUGAAUUAUCUAUUCAUUAUCUCACUUUCAUUGGCAAAUAAAUAAACUCGAUGUAAAUUUCCACGAUAAAUAUAAAUAAGCAU